AUGUCAAUCAACAAAAAUAAAUACAGUUACAGGCUACCCCGACGACGACGACGACGAAGAGGAAGAACUCGACGACGACGACGACGAGCUGGACGACCGCCUCCGCCGCUUCUUCUUGCGAGCCUUCUCCUUCUUCUUACGUUUCCGCUUCUUCUUCUCCUUCUUCCGCCGCUUCUUCCGCUUGCGCUCGUCGCGCCUUACGUCCUCGACGAGCGCCCGGAGCGACGACGCUUCCUCGCGUGGCCGCUUCGCAAGCGCCAUCGCCAUGGGGUCCUCGCGCGCGAUGCGCGACGCCUCCAAAUCCACGUUGCCCGUCGUGGCCAGGGGACAUUCUCGAUCGCCCGUCCGGUGGCCGUAGGCUUUACAUCUCCAGCACUGCAUCGUCUUCACCUCGAGGCCCAUGGGCAGCCACAAACCCUUCGAGGGCGCAUUCUUCAGGAAGUCGCGCGUGGCCUGGUUCUCGGGGAGGUCGGGAAUCGCGUCCUCGGGCCGCUCCUCUUCUUUCGUCUCGUCGGCGUUGGUGCCCUCGAGGACGAAUUCGUUCGUCGUGUCGGGCGGCGGGCGGGACUCCAUUAUCCAACACGCGUCGCUCCGCACGGCACAGCUACGCGCGCUUGGCUCCGCACGGCACGCCUACGCGCGCUUUCCCCAGCGCUGCGAGUUGGCUGGGUGGAGUGCUGUGAGGCUAGCAGCCUCCCCUUCUGCUCACUGAUCGCACCGCUGGCUCCGGUGCGUCUGAGGCAACGCAGGUGUGCCCAAGCCGCUCUAGCACGCCGCACAAAUGCGCCACUGGGCUUACGGCCGCGCUCGAUAGCUAGCGGCAUGUAA